AUGCCCGCCCGCGCCCCGCCGCGCCGCCCGCGGCCGCCGCCGCCGCUGCCGCUGCUGCUGCUGCUGGCCCUGGGUGGCCGCCGCCUGCACGCCGAGCCCGGCGACGGGGCGCAGAUCUGGGCCCGCUUCGCGCAGCCUCCGGCCCCCGAGGCCGCCGGCCUCCUCCACGACACCUUCCCCGACGGCUUCCUCUGGGCCGUGGGCAGCGCCGCCUACCAGACGGAGGGCGGCUGGCGGCAGCACGGCAAGGGCGCAUCCAUCUGGGACACGUUCACCCACCACCCGCCGGCGCCCCCGGGAGACUCCCCGGUAGCCGGCCUGCCGUCGGGCGCCCGGUCUCCGUCCCCGCCCGCUACCGGGGACGUGGCCAGCGACGGCUACAACAACGUCUUCCGCGACACGGAGGGGCUGCGCGAGCUCGGGGUCACCCACUACCGCUUCUCCAUCUCGUGGGCGCGGGUGCUCCCCAAUGGCAGCGCGGGCGCCCCCAACCGCGAGGGGCUGCGUUACUACCGGCGCCUGCUGGAGCGGCUGCGGGAGCUGGGCGUGCAGCCCGUGGUCACCCUGUACCACUGGGACCUGCCCCAGCGCCUGCAGGACGCCUACGGCGGCUGGGCCAACCGCGCCCUGGCCGACCACUUCAGGGAUUACGCCGAGCUCUGCUUCCGCCACUUCGGCGGCCAGGUCAAGUACUGGAUCACCAUCGACAACCCCUACGUGGUGGCCUGGCACGGCUACGCCACCGGGCGCCUGGCCCCGGGCGUCCGGGGCAGCCCGCGGCUAGGGUACCUGGUGGCGCACAACCUCCUCCUGGCUCAUGCCAAAAUCUGGCAUCUCUACAAUACUUCUUUCCGUCCAACUCAGGGAGGCCAGGUAUCCAUUGCCCUAAGCUCCCACUGGAUCAAUCCUCGAAGAAUGACCGACCAUAGCAUCAAAGAAUGUCAAAAAUCUCUUGACUUUGUACUAGGCUGGUUUGCCAAACCCAUAUUCAUUGAUGGUGACUAUCCUGAGAGCAUGAAGAAUAAUCUUUCAUCUCUUCUGCCUGAUUUUACUGAAUCUGAGAAAAAGUUCAUCAAGGGAACAGCUGACUUUUUUGCUCUUUCUUUUGGACCAACCUUGAGUUUUCAACUAUUAGACCCUCACAUGAAGUUCCGCCAAUUGGAAUCUCCCAGCCUGAGGCAACUCCUUUCUUGGAUUGACCUUGAAUAUAACCACCCUCAAAUAUUUAUUGUGGAAAAUGGCUGGUUUGUCUCAGGGACCACCAAGAGAGAUGAUGCCAAAUAUAUGUAUUACCUCAAAAAAUUCAUAAUGGAAACCUUAAAAGCCAUCAGGAUGGAUGGGGUGGAUGUCAUCGGGUACACGGCGUGGUCCCUUAUGGAUGGCUUCGAGUGGCACAGAGGCUACAGCAUCAGGCGUGGACUCUUCUACGUCGACUUUCUAAGCCAGGAGAAGAAACUGUUGCCAAAGUCUUCAGCCUUGUUCUACCAAAAGCUGAUAGAGAAAAAUGGCUUCCCUCCUUUACCUGAAAAUCAACCCCUAGAAGGGACAUUUCCCUGUGACUUUGCUUGGGGAAUUGUUGACAACUACAUUCAAGUGGACACCACCCUGUCUCAGUUCACCGACCCGAACGUUUACCUGUGGGAUGUCCACCACAGUAAGAGGCUGAUUAAGGUGGACGGCGUGGUGACCAAGAAGAGGAAGUCCUAUUGCGUGGACUUUGCCGCCAUCCGGCCCCAGAUAGCCUUACUCCAGGAGAUGCGCGUUUCGCAUUUUCACUUCUCGCUGGACUGGGCCCUGAUCCUGCCGCUGGGCAACCAGUCCCAGGUCAACCACACGGUCCUGCACUACUACCGCUGCGUGGUCAGCGAGCUGGUGCGCGCCAACAUCACGCCGGUGGUGGCGCUCUGGCGUCCCGCCGCCCCGCACCACGGCCUGCCGCCGCCCCUGGCCAAGCACGGCGCCUGGGAGAACCCCCGCACCGCCCUGGCUUUCGCCGAGUACGCCCGGCUCUGCUUUCAGGAUCUCGGCCGCCACGUCAAGUUCUGGAUCACCAUGGGCGAGCCGUACACGCGGAACAUGACCUACAGCGCCGGGCACAAUCUGCUAAAGGCCCACGCGUUGGCUUGGCGCGUGUACGAUGAGAAGUUCAGGGGCUCUCAGAAAGGCAAAAUAUCCAUAGCCCUGCAGGCCGAUUGGAUAGAACCCGCCUGCCCUUUCUCCCCGAAGGACAGAGAAGUGGCCGAGAGAGUUUUGGAAUUUGACAUUGGCUGGCUGGCUGAGCCCAUUUUCGGCUCUGGGGAUUAUCCACGUGUGAUGAGGGACUGGCUCAACCAAAGAAAUAAUUUCCUUCUACCGUAUUUCACGGAGGAAGAAAAAAAGCUAAUCCGGGGCUCCUUUGACUUUCUGGCUUUAAGCCAUUACACCACCAUCCUUGUCGACUGGGAAAAAGAAGAUCCAAUGAAAUACAAUGAUUACCUGGAAGUGCAGGAAAUGACCGACAUCACCUGGCUCAACUCUCCGGGGCAGGUGGCCGUGGUGCCCUGGGGCUUGCGCAAAGUUCUUAACUGGCUCAAGUUGAAGUACGGAGACCUGCCCAUGUAUAUAAUAUCCAACGGCAUAGACGAUGAUCCGCUCGCAGCCCAAGACAGGUUGAGGGUGUAUUACAUGCAGAAUUAUGUCAAUGAAGCUCUGAAAGCUUACAUACUGGAUGGUAUCAAUCUUUGCGGAUACUUUGCUUAUUCAUUUAAUGAUCGCACAGCUCCGAAGUUCGGCCUCUAUCAUUAUGCUGCAAAUCAGUUUGAGCCCAAACCGUCCAUGAAACAUUACAGGAAAAUUAUUGAAAACAAUGGCUUCCCGAGUCCCGAGACUCUGGGAAGAUUUUGUCCAGAGGAAUUCACCCUGUGUACCGAAUGCAGCUUUUUUCAUACCCGAAAGUCUUUACUGGCUUUCAUCGCUUUCCUACUUUUUGCUUUUAUUAUUUCUCUUUCUCUGAUUUUCUACUACUCUAAGAAAGGUAGAAGAAGUUAUAAAUAGUCCUGAACAUUUUCCUAUUCGUUUAUUUUGAAAUAAUUAUGUGCACACAUCAGCUGUUAACCAUUUGCACUUCUCAGUGUUGUAAAACUAUAGAUUUCAUUUAUCCGACUUCUAGAAAAAUUUUUUGUGGCAUAUGACAGACAUUUGGAAAUGAGCGUAGGUGAUUGUAAAAUAUUGAAUAAUGUGAAUAGUGCCUGGAUUUGUUCUUUUUUUGGAGGGUGAUCAGAGACUGUCACGGCCAUCAUUUCUGCAACACACUCUGUAACAAAUGUAUGGGAAGUGGGAACCAUUCCAUAAUUUUUUUUACAGAAAUUGAAUGGCCUUAUCAGUGCCCAUUCCUAAGUGUAGUGUUUAUCUUGAAGUAAUAAUUGCAAAUGUUGGAAUAAAAAGUUAAAUUAUAAAUUAAAUUAGGUUAAAAAGUUAAAUCCCAAGUAACCUUACCCAACAUAACCAACUGCUAUGAUGUGCUUAAUGGUCUCUGUUGAAUCAA